AUGCAUGCCGUGGAUAGAAGGAAGGAUGAUGAUGAUAGUGUUGGUGACGACGACGAUGACGAUGAUGACCUGCCUGAUUCGAACGAUGCAUUUGGGCUAAAGAACACGCUAGAUUCAGAGCGCACAACUCGAGUGCCUGAGCGUGCGCUCGAUGCCACAGAUACAGCGCCUAUUGUGACUGAGCACACGUCCGCGGUGACCCAACAGCCAGCUAGCGAGCCCUUGAGCCACACGCCUGCGGCAACCAAAACGUUAUCAGGUACGGUAGAAUCGACAACGAUCUCCGACUUUGACUUCCGAAAUCAGCAUCGCACAUUUGAGUUGUUUGGUUAUGCCCGCAAUCCGAGUGAGUCGGCUGCGGGCACUGCCAGCACGAACUCCCAAGCAUUUGUUGGCGAUCGCGCAGCAGCACAGAGUAUGGGUGGUGCGACGGCGGCGGAGCUGCGUGGCACCACGGCAGAUACACGACAUGCAUCACGUCAGAUGCGACGUAAGCGCAAGGGGCGUACGGGCAAUGCAUCGAUUGUCGAUGGCGACGGAGCAUACGUUGGACCAUGGGGUGGCUGGGAAGACGAAGCACCCCGCACGGAGUUUGUUCCUGCACCAAACACGCAUAUCGGACCGACAGAAGAAGAGCUACGAGCUGCGCAUGCAGCCGCCGAGAAGCGGCGGAAAGACGCGGCGGCACUGGAGCGGCGCCGACUGCUCGAUGUGUCGCAUGGGACGGAAAAGAGCAUUUUCCACGGCGAGUCUUUGUACGACUAUCAAGGACGAACAUACUUGCACAUUCCUACAGACACGGAUGUGAACCUGCGUGGCGAGCCAGGGAGCAGCGAGUCGUUCCUUCCUGAAUACUGCAUUCACACCUUUACAGGGCACACGAAAGGGAUCACAGUGCUUCGUCUGUUCCCACAAAGUGGGCAUUUGGCUCUUAGUGCCAGUAUGGAUACAAAGAUCAAGCUGUGGGACGUAUACCACGAGCGCAAGUGUCUGCGAACAUUUUUGGGCCACUCGAAUGCGAUCCGUGACGUUACAUUUUCCAAUGAUGGUCAUCGGUUUUUGUCGGCCAGCUACGACGGACAGGUCAAGCUUUGGGAUGCGGAAACCGGUGCUUGUGUUGCAGCAAAGAGCUUUGGUGAUGUGCCGAUCUGUGUACGAUUCCACCCAGACGAGGACAAACAGCACAUGUUCCUGGUUGGCACGAACGAUAGACGCAUCGUUCAGUAUGAUUUGCGCGCUGACGAAAUCACGCAGGAGUACAACGAGCACCAAGGACCCGUCAAUACCAUCACAUUCGUCGAUCAUAACCGCCGCUUUGUGUCAACAAGUGACGAUAAAAGCCUGCGUGCGUGGGACUACGAUAUUCCGGUACCAAUCAAGCUCGUGGCUGAUCCACUUAUGCAUUCGAUGCCGGCCGUGACGCUACAUCCAACGCAACGCUGGCUUGCCUGUCAGGCAAUGAAUAAUUCGAUUACAGUGUAUUCUGCAGAGAACUUCAAACCACGGAAGAAAGCGUUCCGUGGCCACACGACAGCGGGAUUUGCAUGUCAAGUUGGAUUCAGUCCAGAUGGUCGAUUCCUGUCGUCUGGCGAUAGUCAAGGUGAUCUCGUAUUCUGGGACUGGAAGUCGGGAAAACAGCUUAAGCGUUUACACACCCACAAGGAUGUUGUCAUUGCGCAUGAGUGGCUUCCUCAUGAGACGUCCAAAGUUCUUACGGGUUCCUGGGAUGGACUUAUCAAAUUAUGGACGUGA